GGGACCAUUCUAAACAUUUUAAUAACAUUUGUUUCUAAUACAUACACAAGGCCUGGUUUUGGGGGUUGGAGGCCAGCCGAGUACAUCCCCCCUCACCCACUAAUUGAGUGGUACUUUAUUUUAUCAAUCUUGGAAGGAAGAAUGAUCAAGUUGACCUCGACAGUAUUUGAACUCAAUGUCAAGAGCUAGAACAAAUACUGCAAAGCAUAUUUGCCUUAUUGAGUAGAAAAGUGAGUGAUAUCUAUUACUAUGUUGAAGUCAGUGUUCUUCCAUGGAAAGACAGCAAGAAUACAUCACUUAUGGAAUUAUGGAGCAAUAAAACCAGUAAUAUACAAUGGCUACCAUCAUUCUGCUGACUCUUUUUCUCUUCCUGAAAAUGUUAGGCUCAAGUUCUCAAAAUUAUCUGGAGGGUCUGUUGAUCUGACAAAAGAUGAACAAUCAGGGAUUGCCCAAAUUACUUUGAAUCAACCUCAGUAUAAAAAUGCUUUCUCAGGAAAGAUGAUGUUGGACCUGUUUGAUGCCAUUAAUGAAUUAGAAAACUGGAAAUCUGGUAAAGGAUUGCUGAUGGCUGGAGCUGCGAAUACAUUCUGUUCUGGUGGUGAUUUAAAGGCAGUUACAAAUAUGACUGAUUCUGGUGAAGAAAUGUCAUCUUUGAUGCAAAAUGCCCUCACUAAACUCAGUAGACUUCCACUUAUUAGUGUGGCAUUAAUUGAAGGAGUUGCUUUAGGAGGUGGUGCUGAGUUAACCACUGCCUGUGACUUUAGAAUCAUGGCACCAAAAGCAAAGAUUGGAUUUGUUCAAGUUCAUAUGGGCGUGAUAACUGGCUGGGGUGGAGGGACUCGACUGGUCAAACUCAUUGGACACACUUCUGCAUUAGAUUUAUUUAGCACUGGAAAGAUAAUUAAUUCCUCAACUGCACUGGCACUUGGUUUUGUUGACCAUGUUGUCAAAGAUGGUGAAAAUGCAAUAGAAGCAGCCAAGGAAUGGUUGAGUAAGAGGUGUCGUGGUCACUCUUCUGUGACAAGGUCAAUUAAAUCAAUGGUGAGCCAUGCUGGUACAGAAGACGUUCAGUCAUCUUUAAAUCAUGAAAGAAAACUUUUUUCAAAAUUAUGGGGAGGUCCUUUAUUUCUAGAAGCUCUAAAGAAAAAUAUAAAACAUAAAUCUUAAUUCAUUUGAAAAUACAAUUGCAGCAUGGAAGGUGUUUAUAAGUCAUUUAAAAAUCACACAAAAACCGUUAGAUUCACAUACAUAUGUAUGUGCAUGCAUGCAUGCAUACAUACAUACAUACACACACACACACACUAUGAACUAAUUGUUAUUUUAUCAGUGAACAGGUCCCGGUUUCAGAGCGACGAAAAUAUUUUGACAAAUUAAAUUUAUAUGUUGAAGUGAAUCUAAUGGUUUUCAUGUGUUUUUAAAUGACUUAUAAACAUCUUCCAUGCUGCAAUUGUUUUUGUUUUAAUACAUGAUCUUAGAUCAGGUCACUUGCUAUGCAAGUACGUCUCCGUAAUAUUUAAAAAUAAGAUUCUCUUUAUUUCUUUUAUUUUUAUUCAGUUAAUAGUUUCCAAAUAGAAAUUUUGUGAGAUUAACUAUUACAUGUAAAACGAAUGCUGUUAAAAUAAUUGGUUGUGAAAUGUUUGUACUGAACAUUCUAAGAUUGUAAACAUUGAAAAUUGCCUUAUUAAAUGAAUACAUGAUAGCUAACCUUAAGCACACUGCAUUUUCUCUAGAAUUGUUUCCCCUACCCUGUUACUACAGGGUAGAAAAUUCAUACUGUGACAUGAUGCACUUACGAUGUGCUGAGGGUUAAAGAGAGUUUAUUAUACCUGUAAAUAAUGUAGAAUAUUUGAAAUGGGUUGAAAUGGAAUGAAAUUAUUUGUGGAAUAUAUUCUGAAUAAAUACAAUUUGUAUUUAUGUAUAUAAAAUUUCACGCAUGCACACACACACACACACACACACACACACACAUACAUUCUCACUCUCUCUCUCUCUCUCUCUCUCACAUAUACACACUUUAAACUGUAAGUGGAUCUCUGUGUGUAUGUGUAUAUUGGGUUGUCAAAUACAUUCAUUUGUUUUUUCCAUUUUAUUUUAAUCAUUAUUUUUCUUCAGUGAUUUUAACAAAUCAGUCAAUAAUAUACGUUUUCCAAUGUUCAUGAAUUCUUCAAAACAUUCCACUUGUUGCUUGAUGGUAGAACUUACCAGAUCAUGAACUGAAGAAUUCAUUGAAUCAUGUUCUGUUUUUGUCCUGUGUCAUUGUUGAAUAAAAUGUCUCACAGACUUUUGGAGAGUAACCGUAAAAAAAUCGUAAUCUGAA